CUGGAAAGUUGUCGAUACUGUGCUUCACAGUUUUUGACACCUUUCUAUUUAAACCACACGUAAAUACGUGACUUUCUGAGUUUUUCACAAUUUUGGGAAAUAUUGCGCGCAAAUAUCCCUGCAAUGGCAAAGCCCAACCCAUUCAAGCAUUUAGAACGGAAGAUUUCCAUCAACAAUGAGGAUUAUUUGUUCUACGAUAUUGCUUCAUUGGGCCAAGGAUUCGACAACCUUCCAUACUCAAUUCGUGUCCUCCUGGAAUCUGCCGUCCGGAACUGCGAUAACUUCCAGGUCACUGAAAAGGAUGUGCAGAGCAUCUUGAGUUGGAAGGAGAUCAAGGGUGAAUCUACAGAGAAGGAGGUUGAAGUUGCAUUUAAACCAGCUCGUGUGAUCCUGCAGGACUUUACAGGAGUCCCAGCUGUGGUGGACUUUGCAGCGAUGCGCGAUGCUGUCCUCCGGCUAAAUGGAGAUCCCAACAAAAUCAACCCCAUUUGCCCCUCGGACUUGGUGAUUGACCAUUCAGUUCAGGUGGACUUUGCCCGAACACCAGAUGCUCUGGCCAAGAAUCAGGACUUGGAAUUUGAGCGGAACAAGGAGAGAUUCACAUUCCUCAAAUGGGGCGCCAAUGCCUUCAACAACAUGCUAAUCGUGCCUCCUGGAUCGGGAAUUGUCCAUCAGGUGAAUCUUGAGUACUUGGCGCGCGUGGUCUUCGAGGAUCCUGUCAAUGGAGCUAAGGUCCUCUACCCCGACAGCGUUGUAGGCACGGAUUCCCACACAACCAUGAUCAAUGGGCUGGGUGUUUUGGGCUGGGGUGUUGGAGGAAUUGAAGCUGAAGCUGUAAUGCUUGGCCAAGCAAUUUCCAUGCUUCUGCCAGAAGUGAUUGGGUACAAAUUGGUGGGAAAACUCAGUUCUUUGGCCACUUCCACGGAUUUGGUCCUUACCAUCACGAAGCAUUUACGUCAAAUCGGAGUUGUUGGCAAAUUUGUGGAAUUCUUCGGACCUGGAGUUGAAGAAUUGAGCAUUGCUGAUAGAGCUACAAUCAGUAACAUGUGUCCAGAAUAUGGAGCAACUGUUGGAUUCUUCCCCGUUGACAAGAAUUCCCUGUCUUAUCUCAAGCAAACAAAUAGAUCAGAUGACAAAAUCAACGUGAUCUUCAAGUACUUGGAGGCCACUAAACAACUCAGGGAUUACAACAAUGCUGCUCAAGAUCCUCAUUUCACAAAAAUUGUCACUCUGGAUUUGGCCACAGUGGUUACGUCUGUGUCAGGACCAAAACGUCCCCAUGACCGCGUUGCCGUUAGUGAGAUGCAACUUGAUUUUAGAUCGUGCCUGACCAACAAGAUUGGCUUCAAGGGCUUCGAACUCAAUCCGGAUUCACUGUCAGCCAGUGGAGAUUUUACCUGGUCCGAUGGAAAAACCUAUAGCCUGAAGCAUGGUUCAGUGGUGAUUGCUGCAAUCACAUCAUGUACCAACACCAGCAAUCCUUCCGUAAUGCUAGGAGCGGGUUUGUUGGCCCAGAAGGCCGUAAAUGAAAACCUCAAGGUGGCACCGUACAUCAAGACAUCUCUCUCACCUGGAUCUGGAGUCGUUACCUACUAUUUGAAGGAAUCUGGAGUGAUUCCUGCUCUGGAAACUCUCGGAUUCGAUGUAGUGGGCUACGGUUGUAUGACCUGCAUUGGAAAUUCUGGUCCUUUGGAGGAUAAUCUGGUGAAUGUCAUCGAGAAGAAUGGUCUGGUGUGUGCUGGAGUUUUGUCCGGCAACAGAAACUUCGAGGGACGCAUUCAUCCCAACACAAGAGCCAACUACUUGGCUAGUCCGCUUCUCGUGAUCGCCUAUGCCAUUGCUGGAACAGUGGACAUUGAUUUCGAGAAGGAUCCUCUUGGAACCAGGCCUGAUGGCUCCAAAGUCUUCCUGCGGGAUAUUUGGCCAACAAGGCAGGAGAUUCAUGCUGUCGAGCAGAAAUAUGUCAUCCCGGCGAUGUUCCAGGAAGUCUAUGGGAAAAUUGAGAUGGGAUCUCCGGCAUGGCAAGCUUUGCAGGCUCCCACAGGAAAGCUCUAUCCAUGGGAUGAGAAAUCAACGUACAUCAAGCAUCCACCAUUCUUUGAGACAAUGACCCGAGAACUUCCACCCAAUCGCCCAAUCGUCGGAGCAAGAGUCCUGCUCUUCUUGGGUGACUCUGUUACCACUGACCAUAUCUCACCAGCAGGAUCCAUUGCCAGGAACAGUCCAGCAGCCAGAUACCUCGCCUCAAAGAACCUAACACCACGUGAUUUCAACUCCUACGGCUCACGCAGAGGAAAUGACGCCAUAAUGGCCAGAGGAACCUUCGCCAACAUUCGCCUGGUGAACAAAUUAGUGUCAAAUGCCGGUCCUAAGACUCUGCACAUUCCCACAGGAACAGAGAUGGAUGUCUUUGACUGUGCUGAGCAGUAUGGGAAGGAAAUGACUCCCCUAAUCCUGCUCGUGGGCAAGGACUACGGCAGUGGAUCUAGCAGAGAUUGGGCUGCCAAAGGACCCUACUUACUCGGCAUCAGAGCUGUCAUUGCAGAGUCCUACGAGAGGAUUCACAGGUCGAAUUUAGUAGGAAUGGGCAUUGUCCCUCUGCAGUACCUAGAAGGGGAGAAUGCUGACACUCUCGGACUCACCGGGAAGGAAAUCUUCAAUAUUGCCAUUCCCGAUGACUGCAAGCCUGGGCAGAUUAUCACAGUGGAGACAAAUUGCGGAAAGAAAUUCAAGGUUCUCGUGAGAUUCGACACUGAAGUCGAUCUAACUUAUUACCGGAAUGGAGGAAUCUUAAACUACAUGAUCCGGAAGAUGCUGGAUUAAGGAUAUUCAUUUCUUGGAACAAAAAAAACAGCAAUACUGUUUAGUGCGGAACUCAAAAGUUAUAUUUUUUGAUAUGUUGUUAGAAAAAUAGUUAAAAAAAAGCAAUGUUAGUUACUCAGAAAGAUUUUUUUGGAUAUACCGCUUGCUUAUUGUUGUCCUCUGGGGAAUGAUUUAUCGAGAAAUCGUUGAAUAAAUGGCUUGGGAUUUUAUAUAUUUCUUUUUGGCAAUUUAUAAUAAAAGCAUUUUUAAAGAAUAA